AUGUCAGCUACAGCUCGCGCAGAGGCUCGUCGCAAAGCUAUCCUCAGCAGAGGAACUGACCGUUUGUCGAAAUUGACGACAACUGCUCGCGGAGAAGAUGCUCCCGCAUAUUUGAGUGCUGGCAUUCCUCCCAGAGCUACAGCUGCUAGUUUUGUGGGCGAGAAGCCAAGCAUGCCUUCUCAGCCACCCCUGCGCUCUUUUGGAGAUGCAGGCAUUGGCGGAGCAGCACCCGACCCAACCGUUUGGUCAGAAGAGCAUCAAAGGCAGUUCCUUCAAGCUCUCAUGAGUGGUACAGCCAAUUCUCCACAAUUUCCUCAGCCUCAGAUCUCGGCUGCGGCCUCCAAUAGCACAACUACACCUCCAGGUGACCCUUUCGCUGCUAUCAUGAAUUCGUUGCAACAAAUGGACCCAUCUCUUGAGGUUUUCGCCAUUGCUGCACAUCCUGUGCACAUGGCUUAUUCUUGCCUUUUUAUUCUUUUCAAAGAGCCCCAAACAUUGGUUGAGCGCAGCGGUGGCUUUUCGGAAACUUUCUGGAAACGUUGGGCGGAGCUUGCCUGGAGAGGCUCUAGCAUCGAGGGCUGGGGAGUGCAGUUUGUGCCGUUCAUGUGGACCUUCAUGACUGUGCAAGUUAUACUUCACUCAAUACGCAUAUCCACGGGCAAUAACCAAGUGCAGCCCCCGGUUUUGUUGGCGCUAGCUCUGCCUCAUUUGCCCCCUCCAUUCCCAUCCAUCAUCACGAAUGGCUUGCGCUAUAUCCGGAUGGGUAGCGCCAUUCUUGAUGAUCUGUCGGCAGUCGUAUUUGGAAUUGGGAUGGUUGUGUUGAUCGCUGGGUGGUUUGCUGGAUGA